ACUGGCCUGAAGAAGUUCCUGGAGUACGUGCAGCACGGGGCGGCGGAGAAGGUGGCGCGGCUUCUGGACAAGGGCCUGGACCCCAACUACCACGACUCAGACACGGGGGAGACCCCGCUGACGCUGGCAGCCCAGCUGGAGGGGACCGUCGACGUGAUCCGGCUGCUCUGCCUCGGGGGCGCGCACAUUGAUUUCCGGGCACGGGACGGUGCCACCGCGCUGCACCGGGCAGUUUGCACCCGGCGCUACGGAGCCCUGACGGCGUUGCUGGACCUUGGGGGCUCCCCCAACUACAAGGACCGUCGGGGCCUCACCCCCCUGUACCACACAGCCAUGGUGGGGGGCGACCCACGCUGCUGCGAGCUGCUGCUCUACAACCAGGCCCACAUCGGCACCAUGGACGAGAACGGCUGGCAGGAGAUCCACCAGGCCUGCCAACACGGGCACUCCCAGCAUCUGGAACAUCUGCUCUUCUACGGGGCCGAGCCGGGGGCCCAGAACGCUUCCGGGAACACGGCGCUGCAUGUCUGUGCCCUCUACAACAAGGAAAGCUGUGCCCGGAUCCUGCUCUACCGGGGGGCCAACAAAGAGAUUAAGAACAACGGCGGCCAGACGCCUUUCCAGGUGGCUGUGAUCGCCGGGAACUUCGAGCUGGGGGAGCUGAUCAAGAACCACCGGGACGCUGACGUGGGUGAGUUGGGGAGGUCCCAGC